AUGAAGUUUCGUGCUAAGACGACUUCAAAAAACUUGGGCAAGUUGAUGAAAAACGGUAGAGCGGCAACAGCUCAUCCCACAACUAACAAGGAAGAGAGAAACAACGGCACUAUUGCUGAAUAUACCGCUGAAAACAGAGAGGCCAGGAUCGGAGAAGAAUUGGCUCAGUUGGAUACGGAAUCAUUCGAAAGACUUCUUCAAGACGCUGCAACUUCAAAGACUAAUUUGCUGAAAGAAGAUUCGUCUGAAGAGGAUCCAGCAGUAGUCGCCUCUAUAAUGGGUCUCAUCGAUGGAGGCAAGGAUCGUCGUCUGAAUACCGCGACAGAGCAUAAUGACACCAUAAGCACCAAACCACCUGUCAAGUUCGACGAGAUUAUCGAUUUCAUCGAUGAUGGAGCUGAAGAAAUUGUAACCGAAAAACCAUCACCAGCAAUGUCCAAUAAGGAGCCAGUGCUCGUCAAUAUGAAACUACCAAUUUGCGGGAAUCCUGUUACUGAUUUGGACAAAAUGAAUGGUUCGAACAACGACACAAUCGCGGGGACUGACCAGGAUAUGGUUUCUCGUAUGGAAAUGGGUGAAAACUUACAACAUUUCACUCAAGAAAAAAAUGCGGAUGUUUUGGAUAUGGAAAAGGUGGAUAAAAGCCAGAAAAACAUAAAAUGUGACGAGCCGGAACAGCUGCAGUAUCUAAAACUUAAAGGACUUCAAGAGUUUGAAAAGUUUGACAAUGUACUUGGGCCAGCUUCGAGAGGAGAAUUCGCUUCAUUCCACCAAAACAUGUCACCUGCUAUAUCCUCUGAACUGGGAGUUAUUAAUCCACUGAGCACCUUUAACUUUAACACGUUCCAAACUUGUACUCCUAACGGUCGUCUUUUACCGGCGGUACCACGCAAGUUCUUCUCUCCUAUUGAAGGUGUUCCGGUUGUCAGAAAUCGUCCACCACCACAAAAAGGCCCUUACACUUUCAUGCUGCACACUGUUUCCAAUAUUUUGAACGUAAAUGAGUACUCGAACCGGAAUGUUCACUCGUCACAUUCUUCGAUAUCACCGCAGUCGGUUUCUCGAAGCGGUCACAUAGAAUCGGCGAGUCAGAAGAAACGCAACAAAUUGAAGGCUAGAAGAGCUGCUACUGCUGUCUCAGUAGCAGGAGGUGAAGAAAUGAAUAGUAGCGUUGAAGACGACGGCAAGGAGGAUAUUUUGGACGUAGAAGAGAAGGAGAACAUUGAUGAUGAUGAUGGGUUAACUGAAGAAGAACUAGAGGCUCGUCGUAAUAAAAACAGAAAGGACAGAAAUAAGAAAAAGGCUAGAAAAGAAGCAAAGGCUGCUGAAGAAGCAAAGGUUGCUGAAGAAGCAAAGGUUGCUGAAGCGAAGGCUGCUGAAGCAGAGAAACUACGAAAAAAACAAGAAGCAGGAGUAUCGCCCAAUAGUGUUCGUGGAAAUCAAAUCAGCGGUCGGAGUUCUGUCGCGUGCGCAUUUCACUCAUCUUGGAGAUCAGCGCCGAAUCUUCUAAAACAUCCCAUGAUGGCAUCGCUCGAUACAUCUACAUCAUCUUCACUUCACUGUAUCCAACCUAACAACGUUGCCGAUUCGGAACUACCGGGCAAAGCUCCGGUCCGAAUUCACGACGAUUUCGGUGACGACGCGCCACCUCCAGCAAAACUUUCGCAGCGUCAUCAACUCGCGCGUUUCAUGAAUGCUGAACAGCUUGGAAUCAGUGAAAAGAUUAAUUUCUGCAACAUUCUCGGUCUUCCUCCAUGGAGUUUCUUCACUAUUGGAUCCACAUCGCAAGAUGAGCCGCAAAAGAAUCACCAAAAUGGUGGUCGUCGUUCUAAUGGUGCCGGCGCUGGUGGUAAGAAUAAGAGAAACGGGAAAAGUGUGAGCUCGGAGUACACAGUCGGAAUUAAUGCGAAAAAUGAUAAUAAUAAAGGAAAUACUCCUGCAGGAUUCGGUAUUAUAGAUGGGACUGCACCGAAUACGUUGGAGGAAAUCUUGAAAGAUCUUGGCAUCAACGACAUUUCAGAACUGACCGAGAAUCCUGGAAAAAAGCACAAAAAAGGAAACAACAGUAAUAACGGCGCGAAAAAGAACAAUAAGCAGCAACAGAACCAUAAGAAAGAGGAACAGCAGAAAGAAGUUGCUCGGUCGCCUCCAUCUGACAACGAGAGCAUUUCGAUCGACUCCGGAGCGGACAAAAGCAAAAAGCCACUGCAAGGAGGUGGAAAGAAGAUGGAUGAAGGAGCCGUUGCUGCUUCGAUCACAAAGCGUUGUUCAUCUGGAGUCGGUCAACAAUCAGAAGAGGACGAUGAUCAAUCAUAUGUUUCCGCACAGGAAAACCUUGGAGGCUCAAACAGCCGUCUGUCGACUCCACCUACCGAAUUUGUCGAUGCUCGUCAGUCUCGUGAUGAAGUAAUUGACAAUGUGAUGCUUGAUCCAAACAACUACCGUGACGAUGAAGACGUCGAAUCGCUUGCCAGGCAACUUCAAAAAGAAGAGGAUGAGUUCAUCACCGUCGGAAAAAAUAAAAAGAAAAACAAGAAACAGUCAUCUGUUCAAGAAAAUGUAUCUGCUUCUUCAACAGCAUCCUCUUCUUCACCGCCAAAUCGCCGUAGUGCUCAGCCUGAUACUCGUGCCACGUCCACAACAAAUUCGAUUCACGCUUCCCCUGCUUCGGGUAAUAAUCAACCACAACAUCAUCAAAACCAAAGAGGCAACAACCGCCCGGUUGCCCAUCCAACUACUCUCGGUGAUUUCAUGGAGACGACAAAGAAAGAGACUCAUAAGAAUGUGAAGCACAAGAAGAUUUCUCCUUCUACGAGCACAGUUCCUCAGAAAAAACAACCAUCCAUCGAAGAGCCUACUCCCAGCUCUCCAACAUUUGUGGACGCUCUCGAAGCACCGAUUUCUAUCAACACGGCUCCCGCUUUCUCGUAUGCCGAUGCUGCUAAGAAGACAUCUGGCGAAAACACCCCUACUCACGAAAUGUCACCAGUGCCGCUUUCAACCAACACCAACUCUGCAACAACAUCCAACAUGGAUCAAUCAUCAUCUUCGCACCCACAAACUAGUGAACCUUCUAAAGAGAGCAAGUCGGGGGAACCUUUGCCACCACGGGCAUCUCCUGUUUCUUCUAAAAAGUUCGUCGCGACAGCGUCUUCCGCCGUACAGCUACCUCCAUCGUCUGCGGUCGCUGCCACUUUUGAUAUCUCUUUUGGAUACGAAGAAACUCCAGAAGACAAACAGAAGCGCCAACAAAAAGAGACAAAGGUCGUUACGCCGCCACCUCAAAAACCUCAGAAGCCAACUCGAAUGAACGGGGUCGACUUGCUAAAAUCGUUCACUCAACUUGACGAAGCUGGCAUCAAGAAAGAAGAUAACUUGCAGGAGAUGCCUAAAAAUGGGUCGAGAGAGGCUAACGUUCUAGAUAAUGAAAUGCUCGCUCUCUGGGAAACUCGUUGGAACGUGUACACUAACACUGGAACCAAGCCAAUCGUGUACAAACCGUCGCAGAAGAAGUGA